AUGGCGGUCUUCCGGGAAUUCAAUGAGAAAAUACCACGAAGAGGAAUCUUAGGAGCAAUGAUGUUUUUAGCUUGCAUGUUUUCUUACAUGAUCCGCACAAAUUUAUCCAUUACUAUUGUUGCCAUGGUAAAUACAACCAAAGAAGGUGACAAGGGUGGUCCAGCGUGUAAUUACGAGGGAGUCGGCAAUGUUAGUCAUCAAGCUGCAGUGCUUAAAGAUUACGGCGAGCGAUACGAAUGGAAUCAGCAUGUACAAGGUCUUUUACUUUCCGGCUAUUUUUAUGGAGUCCUACCGGCAAGUGUACCUGGUGGCCUUUUAGCUGAAAAAUAUGGCGGUUCUAAAGUAGUAGCAUUUGCAACUUUAAUACCCGCCGUAUUAAAUCUUCUGAUGCCGUGGGCCGCUGGCAUUCAUUACGGUUUCGUAUUCGUUCUUCGUUUUUUGAUGGGUUUCUUUGGAGGGGCCGUUUAUCCUGCUCUUCACGCAAUGAUCGCUAGAUGGGUUCCUCCUAGCGAAAAGGGCAUGUUCGUAUGGACGAUGCAAGGUGGUCCUUUUGGAACGGUAGUAACAUUCACUUUGUGCGGCCAAAUAAUUAGCGCUUACGGCUGGAAGGCUGCGUAUUAUGUUACAAGUGGACUUAUACUGGUUUUCUAUGCCUUAUGGGUUUACCUUAUAUACGACACACCCGAUGUCCAUCCCGGAAUUACUGAAAAAGAGAAAGCUUAUAUCAAAGAGCAAAUAGGUACAACUGUCUCUAAACAAAAGGUGAAAUUGCCUGUGAAAGCUGUCGCUACUUCGGUACCAUUUAUAGUUUUACUCUGGGCGCAUUUUGCAAAUAUGUGGGGUAUCUAUUUCAUUGCUACCAAUGGACCAAAAUAUACUUUGGAAGUUCUUGGCUUUAACAUGAAAUCGGGAGGACCAAUUACUGGUUUACCUUAUAUCGCUCGACUCGGUGCUGGAGUAUUGUUUGCCGCAGCUGGUGAUUAUGUUCGAAGGAAGAAUUUCUUGUCUUUAGGAUGGAUUCGAAGAAUCUUUAUGAUAUUCUCACACAUGGGCCCCGCUGUUUGCUUAGUAAUAAUGACAUACGCUGGAUGCGAUGCAAUAACUGCAAUUGUUAUGUUAAUAUUAGCAUUGACCUUCAAUGGUGCUGCGUGUCAAACUAGUUUACAGAAUCAUCAAGAUCUUGCACCAAACUUUGCUGGCUCCUUGUAUGGAAUCAUGAACACCUUUGGCAGCUUUCCUGGAUUUAUUAUUCCACCGAUAAUUGGUGCUUUAACAAAUGAAAGGAAUACGGUUGAAGAAUGGCGUAUUAUGUUCUGGAUCUCGGCAGUGGUAUUUACAUCUGCAACGAUACUCUUUUGGUUGUUUGGUUCCACGGAUAUACAACCGUGGAAUGACUUAAGUCAAGACAAAAGAUUGUCUAUUACUGAUGAAGAAAAACAAAUGACUGAAAUGUCUUCUACAAAAUUGCAAACAGGAGAAGAAGAAGAAGAGGAAGAAGAAAACGUACGUCUGUAAUUUCUACAAUUUGUGCCUUAUAAGAUGGCACAUAAACUAUGAAUUCGUUAUUCAAAGUGUAUUUUCUAUACAUUUGAAUUUCAUUUUUUUUUUAUCUACAUGUCUGAUAUUCGAAUUUUUAAGCUCUGAGUAAAAUGGCUGACAGUGCGUGUAAUAGCAUUACGAAGGUAAUUAUUUAUAUAAAAUUUACAGUAAUUAAUUAAGGAUAUACAAAAAUUUCACGCAACGGUACUUAUAGAAUAUGGUUCAUUUUUUGGUAAUACAUUGUCCCAAUUAGAUUUUUGCAUAACAUUCAUCGUCAUCAACCAAAGAAACUAAUUUGUUUAAAUUUUAGUUGAGUUACGUAUUAAGAACGUUAAGGAUUAAUUAAUAGUUUCCAUUUUGCGCACAGAAUGUUUCGAACAUUUCCAAUAUUUUUCGGUAAACGUAGGCUAUUUAGCUGUUUUUCAAAUCUUUUUCAUUAUCAGUUUUAUGUAAUAAAGUUCCUUGUUUUAAUACGAGGUAUUUUUAUCACUCAACAGUAUUUCAGCAAAUAUACAAAUACAGAUAUUAAUUAUUUAUAUACAUAUUUUUGGAAAAACAUUUUUAUCUUUUAUAAUUGAUAAAAUAGAAACGUAAUACCGUAAUAAAACAGUAUAGCUUUUUUAAAUAUAAAAUUUAAUAUAAUUAUAUUAACAUAUGACAUUGUUAGUAAUGAUUUAUAAUUUUAUUCGUAAUUCGAUUUUAAAUAUACAAGCAUUUAAAAAUAUUGAAAUGCAAUGAAAAGUACUUUUCAUUAUAUUUUUAAUUUCAUAUUCUACUUAAAUGAUAGUGCAAUUUUUGACAUUUGUAAAAUUUCAUCAAAACAUCAAUACUUUUUUUUAUUACGUUGUAUAAAUAUGUUCUACUGCCAUCAGUGAGAUUCUUUUCAAAAUAGUACAGCAUCGAGUAAAGUAGGUUUCCUUAGGAAAACUGGUCAUGUAAGGAAAGCAACAAUUCUCAAAAUCUUAAUUUUGAUAAUAUUAAUAUUAAAAGUGAUUUAGAAACAAAAUAAUAUAAUUUAUAAUUAUUAAAUAUCGUAAGUAUUUAGUAUAUAAUGGAGAAAUAUGAAUAAUAACGUAAAUGUCGAUUCAAAUUUUCCCGCGUAAACAUUUAUAGGUAGGUGGUGGGGGGCGACAGUCCUCUAUAUAAAUGGGCUCCUCUCGCCUACAUCGUCAUUUUCCCUGCGGAAACCUAUCAUGCGCUGUGCUGUACAUGCGAUAUUGUCUACGUAUUGCCGAUAUUAAUAAGAAAAAGGUAUUUUAAUUUUUUGAAACAAAGAAAUAAUAACAGCAAUAAUAUCAUU